AUACCCAGCUUAUUGAUUUUUUUUGAAAUAAAAUUUAUGAAUUAUGUAUUUUGUCAAAAAAAAAAAAAAAGAAUUUAUGAAUUAUGUAUCGUCAAUGAAUAAACAGUGGUUAGGGACAAACGUCCAUUAUUGUCUACCUUUCCAACUCGCUAUAUAAAGGCAGCAUAAUCUUAGUUACUUCACACCUCUCUCCCGUUCGCCACCAUACGGUGCUCUCCAAUUGCCGUCUCUUUCCUUCUAAUCAUUUCUCUCCGAUCUUUACAGCUGAGAUGGCGAUGAAACGCGUCGGUGCUUCUGCAGUUCGUGCGCUCACCUCUUCACCUGCUUCUUCACUUGUCACCAGACACCUCCAUGCUUCUCCUGGCAGCAAGAAGAUCGUGGGCGUCUUCUACAAGGCAAACGAGUAUGCUGCGAUGAAUCCAAAUUUCCUAGGCUGUGUUGAAAAUGCAUUAGGCAUACGCGAAUGGUUGGAAUCCCAGGGUCACCAGUACAUAGUCACUCCGGACAAAGAUGGACCAGGCUGCGAGCUGGACAAGCACAUACCCGACCUGCACGUGCUGAUUUCAACUCCUUUCCACCCUGCAUAUGUAACUGCGGAGCGAAUAAAAAAGGCAAAGAACUUGCAGCUUCUGCUGACCGCUGGCAUUGGCUCGGAUCACAUUGAUCUGAAGGCCGCGGCCGAUGCUGGGCUGACAGUGGCCGAGGUCACCGGGAGCAACACUGUCUCGGUUGCUGAAGACGAACUCAUGAGGAUUCUCAUCCUCGUCCGUAACUUCCUGCCCGGGCACCAUCAGGUCAUCAGUGGCGAAUGGAACGUUGCUGCUAUUGCUCAUCGAGCCUAUGACCUCGAAGGCAAGACCGUGGGGACGGUUGGAGCCGGGCGCAUAGGCCGUCUGCUGCUGCAGAGGCUGAAGCCUUUCAACUGCAAUCUUCUCUACCACGAUCGUCUCAAGAUGGAUCCGGAGCUCGAGAGUGAGAUAGGAGCCACGUUUGAGGAGAAUCUUGAUGCAAUGCUGCCUAAGUGUGACAUUAUUGUCAUCAACACUCCUCUUACUGAGAAAACCAAAGGGAUGUUCGACAAAGAAAAGAUAGCGAAGCUGAAAAAAGGUGUUCUGAUUGUGAACAACGCUAGAGGUGCAAUCAUGGACACUCAAGCAGUUGUCGAUGCUUGCUCGAGCGGGCACAUCGCAGGCUAUAGUGGAGAUGUUUGGUACCCACAGCCAGCUCCGAAGGAUCAUCCAUGGAGGUACAUGCCAAACCAAGCCAUGACCCCUCAUAUAUCUGGGACUACAAUCGAUGCACAGCUUCGGUACGCGGCUGGGACGAAGGACAUGCUGGAGAGGUAUUUCAAGGGUGAGGAUUUUCCUGUACAUAAUUACAUCGUCAAGGACGGAGAACUGGCCAGCCAAUACCGGUAGACGCUGGACGAGGUAGCUUCGCCGCGCCCCUGCCUAAAUAAACCAACCUCUCUUCUCUUCAACCUUGUGGUGUUGUAAUGUUGAGUUGAACAUUCCAAGUUUAUUUCUAUGCUUCUACCUCAAGUUUUUCACAUCAGAAUAUCAUCAGAUCUUUAUCUUACUAUGUGUUUCGUUUUUAA